UUUGGUCAUGAUGUUUUGUCACAGUAAUAAUAACCCUAACUAAGACACUGACUAAUACAGAUUUUGGUGCCAGGGAGUGGCAUUACUGUGACAGGCUUGGCCAUGCUCUUGUUGGAGAAAUAUAGACAGCAGCCUCUGAGCUACAAACGUAGUUGAACACAUUAAGUGGGGCUUACUGGGCUUACUCUUUGUAGGAACAUUGAAGACAGUGCUACUGAGGCCAGUUUGAACUCGGGUGCCCAGCAACAAGUUUCAGAGGGGAGGGACAUUAGUAAGUGGCUUAGAGACUAUUCUUAGGAUAUUUUGGCAAAGAAUGUGGCUGCUUUCUGCCAUUGUCCAAAAAAAAAAAAAAAAAAUCUGACUGAGGCUAAAUUGAAGAAUUUUGGCAGAAGAGAUUUCAAGAAAGCCUAAUAGCAUUGACUACGUCAUGUGGUUUAUUAGUAAUCACUCAUAUGCACAUCUAUAAUGGAAAAGGCCCAAGCUGGACAAAGAGAAACACAAGUACAGUUUGAAGAGAAAAGGAGCAGCUGGGACUGUAAUGGAGCCAAGUCCAGUGCUCAGCAAUAAAAAGUUUAAAGAAAAGCCUGGUGCUAAACAGAAUAAAGACAGUGCUGACCUCAGGGCAAGACCCCACCCAGGUAAGCUUCCACCUUAGAAAAGGAAUGCAAGCUCAGGCAGUCAUGACAGAAACCAUCCACCACAGAAAGCUGAUGUCACCCAAGCAGCAGAGCUUGGCAGCUUCAGCCACGAGCCUCGGGCUUUAAGAGUCAAGAAUACAAGAGAGGGGCUAUGGAAUCUCCCUCUGUGGCUAAGGAAAGCUGCUGAGGCCAGGGCGACCCUGCAUGGAGGCCCAGAGAGGCCACUGCAAAGCUGAAGCCUGGAUUGUCUUGGAGACCCCAAGACGUUAUGGGACAAAUGACAGGUUUGUGGGACACCUGCCAAGGAGAACUGCAUACCCGAGUGUGGAACCAGCCCAAGAAACAUAAGUAUGUUGCAGUCAAUAAAGCUGAAUUUGGAGUUUGCCCUGCUGGAUUUUGGUCUUGAGUUGGUCGAGUAUUUCCUCACUAUGCUCUUUCCUCCAUUUUGGAAUGAUGUCUUCGGUGCCUAAUGAUCAAUAUUUCCAGGUAUAUCUCAGAUAUUAAAUAUUUGCCCCCCAACAUCAAAGAUAGACUGAUUAAAAUAAUGAGCACGCGGGGCCGGAUAACAGAUUCCAAUAUAAAUGAGGUGCUACAUCCUGAAGUCCAAAGACUAGAUCUGAGGAGCUGUGAUAUCUCAGACUUGGCUCUCCAGCACCUGUGUAAAUGCAGAAAACUGAAGGCACUAAAUCUAAAAUCCUCCAGGGAACAUAGAAAUAGCAUAACUUCAGAAGGAAUAAAAGCUGUAGCUUCAUCCUGUUCCGACCUUCAUGAAAUUUCUCUGAAAGGAUGUUGCAAUAUCACUGAUGAAGGAGUCCUUGCUCUUGCACUCAAUUGCCAGCUGCUAAAGAUCAUUGACUUGGGUGGCUGCUUAAGUAUUACUGAUAUGUCCUUACAUGCAUUAGGAAAAAACUGCCAAUUUUUGCAAUGUGUUGACUUUUCAACUACUCAGGUGUCUGACAGUGGUGUGGUUGCGCUUGUUAGUGGACCAUGUGCCAAACAAUUAGAGGAGAUUAACAUGGGAUACUGUAUAAAUCUAACUGAUAAAGCUGUAGAAGCUGUCCUGACUGCCUGUCCUCAGAUAUGUAUACUUCUUUUCCAUGGCUGCCCCCUAAUAACAGAUCAUUCACGAGAAGUCUUGGAGCAAUUAGUAGGAUCAAGAAAACUAAAGCAAGUGACUUGGUCUGUUUAUUGAUCUUCACAGAGGCUGAUCUGAGGAACUUUUCCAGGAUAUGCUCUAUAAAUGUUUGUUUUUCACUUAAUUUAACACUAAUUUAUUAUUUUAUUGUCUUAGUUAAGCUGUAACUCCCAGAGAACCAGUUCAAUCUUAAUGUAAAUGGUUGUGCUUUAAAGUUAACCAGACUCAGCAUUUUAACACUUCUAUUAUCUCAUAUUUGUUUGAUGAGCCAUCUUUCUAUCACUUGAUGGCAAGGAGGUUGGGUUUGUUUCUUUAAUAACGAAAGUUUCAGAUGAUUUAUUUUCCCUUUAUAGUCCGUUCUCUGGUGUAGGUAUUUGAGCUGUUGUAAGAGACAUUAUGGGUAGAAUUCUAAAUAAAGAUGCUUUAAAAAGCAUAAUUACCUUUU